GUCUUGGCUCAAAUGGGGAAUUUUAGAACGCAGCAGCCUGCUGUAUCGGCGUCUUUGAUCAUGCAAGAAGCAAAUGGCCCUGUUGAAGCUUAAAACCGAGCUGGAGAAUGCACUAGGUGAGCUCAGUCUUCACGAGGAUGGCAUGGAGGAGAUAAACUCCACUCUAGCUCAGUCGUCCCUCCCUGAGAUGUCCAUGACAAGUACUGACAGGCCGAGGGCGCAGCCUGAUAUUGACACAGAAGAUCAUGAAGAACCUGGUGAGAUGGCUGGAAAGGGCGGAGGGCCUGGUUGGAAUACGCGGAUGCCUUCUGUUGGCUACUGCAGUACCGCUGCCACAACGCCACUGGCAAGUGCCACAGCAUCGGCCAUGCCUUCUACACCCCAGGAAGGAAGAAGUGGAGAGCUGACGCCCCGAGGGUCUCAAGAGUGCAGAGGUACUGAACUCUUGAAUGCUCCUGGGCAGUGCGAUUUGCUCCCGGGAGGCGUUGGUCAUUUUCGUCUUGGAACAACUUGUUUGCAAUUGACAAAAGGGCCACUGAAAGCCUUGCCAAUUCAGCAACGAAUUGAAGAGGCUGAGGCGGCCGAAGCCAAAUUGAAAGCGGACUUGGACGGCCUGGGAGCGCUUCGAGAGCCUGGCAAGGAUCAGGCGGAAAGCGCUGCUUUGGAUGCCUUGUCGCUGGCACAAGCAUCCCUACAAGCUCGUGGAAUACCAGGUGCUUCUUCGAGUUCGACUCUGUAGCAAUACGAAGCCUGAGGUGGUCACUCCAGUGAUCCACCGGGCCUGUCAGGGGCAAUACAUCCCGGACCAUGGUUGUCAAUGGUGCUUUACGCCUGUACAUGCCAGGCUUUUUUGUGGAAGCGCAUGUCCAUCAUAAAUUCUGAAUGCGG